AAAGAGUGAAAAUGAGCAAGUGAUAGGUAUGCCUUUAAUCUUAAUAGAUUUAUUUCCCAAAUGCCUGUGGCAGUCCGCGGUCCCAUUAGUGAAGCAGAGGGGCUGUGUCUUCUGGAAAAGCUCCCUGGGAGAUUCUGAAGUGCGCCCCAGGACAAGAACCACCGGUUCCAGGCAGGCCCGGAACGGCCCUCAGGCUCCCGAAAGGGGUGUCAGGAGAGAAUCUGGAAGCAGAUGAGUGGGCUCUCCAGGGAAGUGAGGAAACACUUCUUAUCAGCCCUCCCAUUUCCUUCAGGCUGGGGAAACCCUCCUUUCUCUGGGGAACUUCCUCUGAGACCCCUCUAUAAAAUGUCAAAGGAGAGUCUGAGCUUUGUGAACCCCGCAGGAGCAGGAAGACCUCUGGGCAGACUCUGAGGGGCCCGUUCAGUACAAACCAAUAAAGAAAGCCGAGAUGAAAGUCCCCCUGCUUCUGGCUCUUCUACUGGGGACAGUUUCAACUCUCCAUCUGGGGACUCAGACGUCUAACUCUGAGAGCUUCAUAGGGGAUGAGGCCGUGCCUCAGGAUGGGGAGAUGCCAGAAAACGAGGCAAAGGAGGCCCCUCCAGGGGAGCUGACGCUGCUCAGGGAAGAUGAGGAGGAGUACUCUGGAAGUGAAGAUGCCCCUGAGGAGGAGGGGUCUGUAGAGUCUGCCCCCGCCCUGGAUGCAGAGGACGAGGAAUUUCAGUGCCCUAAAGAGGAGGACACAGUGAGCCUGGAGGACAGCCCUGGGUGCAAGAACUGUCCCCGAUUCCUCCUGGUGAGGAGGGUGAGGAGAUUUUAUUCAGCCCAGUUUAUUUGCCGGAGAUGCUACAGGGGCAACCUCAUCUCUAUCCACAACAUCUACUUCAAUCGCCGACUCCAGCGUUCAGUCAGCAGGCUCAACCAGGGCCAAGUCUGGAUCGGAGGCAGGAUCGUAGGCUGUGGUCGCUGGAAGCGCUUUUGCUGGAUGGAUGGCAGUCGCUGGGACUUUGGAUACUGGGCUGUUGGCCAGCCCCGAGCCAGGGGUGGCAGAUGUGUGGCCCUGUGUACCCAAGGAGGUCACUGGCGUCGCACUCAUUGCCGCAGGCACCUCCCCUUCAUCUGUUCCUACUGAGGGAGACCGAGCCAGGAGUCCGGAGCCACCCACUCCCGGGAAGCUGCCUCCCCUCCCCUGCCUGCUGCCCCUGUGUCCAGCCCCCAGCAAUAAAACUGCUU